AUGGGAUCGCUCGUCGAUGAACAGCAUGAGUGGGGGGCGGUUCGCGUGAGGGAGACGUUUCUGAAUUACUUCAAAGAGAGGGGUCAUACCUUUGUCCCCUCGUCCUCCGUUGUCCCCCUCUCCGACCCCACCCUCCUCUUCACCAAUGCCGGCAUGAACCAGUACAAGUCCAUCUUCCUCGGCACCGUCGAUCCCGCAUCUGAUCUCGCCUCCCUCAAACGUGCCGUCAACAGCCAGAAGUGUAUCCGCGCGGGUGGCAAGCACAAUGAUCUCGACGACGUCGGCAAGGACAGCUACCACCACACCUUCUUCGAGAUGCUGGGCAACUGGAGUUUUGGCGAUUACUUCAAGGCAGAGGCCAUCGAGUACAGCUGGGAACUGCUAACCAAGGUGUACGGCAUCGAUCCCAAGAGACUCUAUGUCACAUAUUUCGAAGGAGCGGAUGGCCUGGAGCCCGACCUCGAAGCCAAGGAGCUCUGGAAGAAGGUCGGCGUCCCCGAAGACCACAUCCUAGGCGGCAACAUGAAGGACAACUUCUGGGAAAUGGGUGAUCAAGGCCCCUGCGGCCCUUGCUCGGAAAUCCACUACGAUCUCAGCGAGGACGGCCACAACCGCAAUGCCGCGCACCUCGUUAACAUGGACGAUCCGGAGGUCAUUGAGAUCUGGAACAACGUCUUCAUGCAGUAUAACCGCGAGGCGGAUCGGAGUUUGAGACCCCUGCCGAAUAAGCACAUUGAUACCGGAAUGGGGUUUGAGCGAUUGGUGUGCGUGUUGCAGAAGAAGAAGAGUAAUUACGAUACCGAUGUUUUCACGCCGCUGUUCAAGCGCAUCCAGGAGGUCACCGGCGCGAGAGAGUACCGUGGCAAAUUCGGAAAGGAGGACCCCGACGGCAUCGAUACUGCAUACCGCGUCGUCGCUGACCACGUCCGCACGCUCGCCUUCGCCAUCGCAGACGGUGGCGUCCCUAACAACGUGGGAAGAGGCUACGUAGUGCGCCGCGUGCUGAGGCGGGGUGCUCGUUAUGCGCGCAAGUACUUUGAAGUCGACAUCGGCGACUUCUUCAGCAAAAUCGUGCCCAGCCUCGUCGAGCAAAUGGGCGACAUGUUCCCCGAGAUCCGCAAGAAGCAAGAAGACAUCAAGGAGAUUCUCGACGAGGAGGAGAAGAGCUUCGCCAAGUCGUUGGAUAGGGGUGAGAUCAUGUUUGAGAAGUAUGCGCAGAAGGCAAAGGUCAAAGGGUCGAACGACUUGCCCGGUGACGAUGUCUGGAGGCUGUAUGAUACGUAUGGUUUCCCUGUCGAUCUGACGAGGUUGAUGGCCGAGGAGCGCGGGCUCAUCAUCAAUGACAAGGAGGUGGAGGAGGCACAGGAGAGGGCGAGGGAAGCAAGUAAAGGUGAUAAGAAGGCCGCGGCUGCGCUCGUCAAGCUCGAUGUGCACGAUCUCGGUGCACUGGAGAUGAUGAAGCAUGUGCCCAAGACGGACGACUCGCACAAGUACGGCAGGGAGAAUAUCACCUCGGUCGUCAAGGCCAUCUACCACAACAAGCGGUUCCUUGAAAGCACGACUGAGCUGCCCAAGGGCGAGCAGUUUGGCGUGAUCCUCGAUAGGACCAACUUCUAUGCCGAGCAGGGUGGACAAGAGUACGAUACGGGACGGCUGUUGGUGGAUGAUGAGGCUCAUUUUGAGGUGGAAAAUGUGCAGGUGUAUGCAGGGUACGUGCUGCAUACGGGUUAUCUGAAAUACGGCAACCUGAAGGUCGACCACGAGGUCAUCGCCGAGUACGACGAGCUCCGACGCAACCCCAUCCGCUCCAACCACACCGGCACCCACGUCCUCAACUACGCCCUCCGCGAAGUUCUAGGCGACGAAGUCGACCAGAAAGGCUCUCUCGUUGCCCCGGAAAAGCUGCGCUUUGACUUCUCCCACAAGACCGGCGUCGAGCUGGCCCAACUUGAGAAGAUUGAAGAGAUUUCCACCCAGUACAUCCGCCAGAACAGCGAAGUCUUCGCUCAAGACGUCCCGCUCGCGACCGCGAGGCAGAUCCGCGGUGUGAGGGCAGUGUUUGGCGAGACGUACCCCGACCCCGUGCGUGUGGUUAGCGUUGGUGUUCCCGUCGAUGAUCUCCUCCAAGACGUCAAGAAUCCGAAGUGGCAGCACGUCUCGGUCGAGUUCUGCGGCGGCACGCACGUGCGGCACACGGGCGAGAUCAAGGAACUCGUUAUUUUGGAGGAAUCCGGCAUUGCGAAGGGCAUCCGACGCAUUGUCGCCGUGACCGGCCAGGAGGCGUACGAUGUGCAACGCCAGGCAAAGGAGUUCGAGCAAGAGCUGUCAAGACUCGAACGCAUGUCUUUCAGCCCCGAGAAGGAAGCCGAGGCGAAGAAGUUGCAAGUCCAGUUGAACCAGCUCUCCAUCUCCGCCAUCACCAAGGCGCGCUUCCGAGAUCGGUUUGCGGCGAUCAGCAAGGGGAUCUUGGACGAGCAGAAGAAGGCUGCAAAGGCGGAAAAUAAGCGUAUCAUGGACUCCAUCACGUCUUUCUUCAAGGAGCAGCCAGAUGCGCCUGCUCUAGUGCAGAAGCUGGAGUGGAGCAGCAAUGUGAAUAAGGCGAUUAGUGAGGCGAUCAAGGCGGUGAGCAGCGGCAAGGGAGAGGUCAAGGGAAAGAGUGUGUAUCUUUUGGCGGCGAGUGGGGACGAGGGCAAGGUGGUGCAUGGGUGCUAUGUUGCUGAUCCUCUCAAGUCCCAAGGAGCAUCUGGGCCCGAGUGGGCAAGCCAUGUCGCCAAAGUCGUCGGCGGGAAAGCUGGCGGCAAAGCCGGCGCGCCCACGGCCAUUGGUCAGGGGACCAAUGCGGAGAAGGUGGAUGAGGGCGUCGAGGAGGCGAGGCGGUAUAUUGAGAGUUUCAAGCUUUCGAAUUAG